UUCGUGUGCAACACAUAAAACCAGAACUAUUUACUACAGCACUCGAAUUCUUCGAUGUAGGGCAUUUUUGUAGAAAUCUUCACUUUUCUGAACAGUUUGAUUUUUUUAAAUUAAAUGUUUGAACAUGGAACAAAAGUUAGCGGAAUUCAGAGCCCGAAGGAAAGUCGAGAAACAAGCAACGGAAACCGAAAAUCAACCUGAAAGUUGUUGCUCUGAGACACACACAGCUCCGGAUGACGCGAUCCAGAACACCGAGUCCAACACGACGGUAAACGAGGAAAACAGUGACUGGUUGCUGGACAGUUCUGUUGGCCGCUGGCUCGGUGUGCAGCGUUUGGCGGUUACUAAUCUGACCCUGCUGAAGGUGUUACUGUGGCUUGUGUUGCUUGGUCUCUUCUCCGAGCUGGACUUUGGGCUGCCCUUCUUUCUCCUGUCUCUGUUUUACUGGCUCUAUGAAGGUCUGCGGAGUCCAGUGGCGAGAAAGCCUGGUGAGAUGAGUGCCUAUUCAGUGUUUAACCCCAACUGUGAGCCCAUCCUGGGCACACUCACUGCAGAACAGCUGGAGGGAGAGAUGGGCUACAGACCAUUAAACAACAGAGUGAACAGAUAACACAUUACAGACAAACUCUCCGACCAGCUUCUGAAUAAGCACUGUUGAAGUUGAAGUCACCCUACAGAAAUAUGUAACAUAUUUUAGGCCAAACAACACACACACACACGGACAUUAUGCACACAUAUAACACACUCACAUUUUAUACACAACGCCAUGAGUAACAGGAAAUGAACAGAGAGUUUAUAAACAAGGACAAAAAUGAAGAGUUCAUUAGUAUAGGCUGGGAUCCUAUACUAAAUAUUCUUGUGCCCAAGUUAUAUCUAACUAAGAUUUGUAUAUACAAACUUGACUUUAAUGAGGCUAGCCAGUUUAUAACUCUCUUAUGCAUCAAUUGUGACUAAAUCAGAAUUGUUGUUAUUGUUCUUUAAAGUUAAAAAUAAAAAUGAUGGGAUAUAAUGGGUUUGUGUUUUCAAUAUCAAGUAAUGCAGGGGUGUUCAAUCUUAUCGAGACAGGGCCAGUGUGGGUGCAAGUUGUUUUGUUCCAGACAAGCAGAAGCCACAUCUGAUUCCACAUGUUUAAUGAACUGAUCUUGGCUUUCAGUAUACUCAGGUGUGGAAUGAAAACCUGCACACACACACACACACUGGCCCUUUCUGGAUAAGAUUGGACACCUCUGAAUUAAUGACAUAUUAAAGAGAACACACAAUUAUUUAAAAAUUCAGAAAAUAAAAUAAGAAAUGGCACCAGUCAGUAGUCUGAUAUCCUGUAUCAGUAAUGGAUUGAUACCAGAAAAAAAAAAACACCCUGGUUGAUAGGAUGUCCAGUUAGUAUACAACAAAUGCAUGUCUGGGUUAGCAGUUGUAGAUUUUGAGGAAUUUAUGUGUGUGUGUGUGUGUGUGUGUGUGAGAGAGAGAGAGAGAGAGAAUGUUUCUAAUUUUAUUGUUACUGUUGAAUCUGAACUGACAAAGUUGCAAUACUGAAUACUUGUUAAUAUUUUAAAAAUAUUUUUAAAAAUAUUUAUGUACCUGUUUUUGUUUUUUUUAUUUAAGUCAUUUAUUAAAGUAAGAAGUAAAUAAAACAAAUAUGUACAUAAAAUAGAAAACUAUUGGUUCAUAUAAUGUCAAAUGACCUUUAUGCAGCUCAGUGAGUCCAACAGUCAAUUUUUACUUGUGAGUCAUGGCUAUUGCACAGAGACGCACAAAUCACACCUCAUUCAGUUCAGUAAUUUAAAUAGUUAUUAUAUGUACUUAGUCCUCUAUUUUUCAUUGAGGCAUUUGCAGAACAACCUUUUCCACGCUAUCGCAGACAGACAGAGGUACAACAAUUUUUUUUUAAAAGAUAACUAAUCUGUAUGGUUCAUUUGGAAAGGUACAUAUUUGAAGCCAGGUGCAGUAGCUGCAUGUACAUCAUACAGGGGCAUUAUAUCAUCUUCAUUAGAUAAUGAGACAACAAACAAAUCUCGGUGCGGCCAUCUUGGUUAAUUAUGUUCACUAUUGAAAGUAAAAAGUAAUCUUCUGUAAUGUUGUAAUUGACAGAAUACACCCACCUGAUGACAACUCAAUAAAGCUUA